CAAAGAUAUUUUAAAUUUGGAAUCUACUCAUAGCUAGAAAAAAGAAACAUUUUUUCACAAGGAAUUAGGAAAGCAUUUUAUAUUUCGGAGGGAAAAUAAACUAUCCUCAAGUGAUAUUCCUCAUUAAAUUGUUUAAACAUGGCAGAGGGAAAGGAAGCAACGAAAGAUGAAAUAGAUGCAAGUAUUUUAGAGGCCAGCAAUUUAGAUUUCCAUACUUAUGUACAGAAUGAAGAUGGGACUUGCAGAGCUCGUGUGUUAAAUUAUAUAGAACAAGUACAGAAACUUGACGAUAAAUUUUUGAAGCUACUAGCUGAGAAUGCAGCUAUGAUGGCUCAUGAUCUUUUUUUUAUCAUAGAAAAGUUUAGGCAGAUUCUCGAAAACGAUUUUCUAGAAAGUACCGCAAGUGACGACGAAGACGAAAGUUUGGAAGAGAACAUCGACGAGGAUUCAAAUCAUUGCGAUGGAAAUCCUGACGAGAAAGCAAAUUUAGAAUCUUACGAAGGUGAACAAAUGGAAUAGAUUUUUAAUAAAUUCCUCAUAUA